AUGGCGGCACCGGCUAGCUUCGAUUUUCUGAGGCUCAACGACGCUCAGAGGACGGCCGUCUACCAUCAACUUGGCUUUCGGGAAAAAUUCGAGCUGCGGCGUGCUGCUAAGACUGGCGAAGCUGUCAGCACCACAGUCAAAAUAGCUGAUUUGGACGCUUUCCCAAAUUCGCUGGUGCUCUUCCUCGGUUACCCGGGGCAGCCUGUGAAAAUGGAAUACACUGACCACACACUCCCCUGGGACGCAUCCAAUCGCGAGUACACCGCCACCAAAAUGCUCGAGUCAACAAUCGCCCCUCACGACUUUGUGAAUCGUCUCACCGCUUCGAUGCCCUUGCACGAAGUCAAUUUCUCGUAUAACCGAUGCCAGUUUGUGGAGCUCCAGUUUCCGACUGAAUAUGAGGACGCGGUGCCCAUCGAACUUUCUACGUACAAGCAGAUUUACGAGCAGAUUGCGCAUAUGGAGAGAAUAUACGUGACCGCUGGCUUCGUAGACCCCGAGAGGUGGCCAGGGGUUAUGAGCAUUCUGGCCGUGUUUCUGGAUGCAGCUCUUGUGAAGUUCCGCCCGAUAAACAACGCGGCUCGCCUCACCUCGCACCAUUUCAACUUUCUAUUGUACGUCGAUGAGCAGCUCGACCACCAGCUCCCAGGGCCGCUGCAAGAAUUUAUAACAACGCACCUGGGGCCUCACGACCGGGUGGAGAUCGACCGGGAGAGCAGCGUCACACAGGGGAGCUAUACUGGAGGACGUACCCGGUUGGACCAAUGGCGCCUGGUGCUUGUGGAAAACCGCGCACGCUGGACCGCGGAGAUGCGGCGAGACAGAUUUUGGCCAACCGGAGACGAGCGUGAAUGGAUCAGGGAAUGGUCAGCGCACGGACGC